AUGGGUUUCAAAAUAUUCACCGAGUCGGCAGACAUCGAGGCUGAGGAGCGCUCUGAUGAGUUCAGCGUCAUCAACGAUGGCAACCUAAACUAUACUGCUGCCGGGGGAGCCAAUUCUUCCAAGUUGACCUAUCAAGAAGCCAGCGGUGCUCCCAUCGAGACCAAGUCUCCCUUGGGAUACUCCGUAGGCGCGGUGACGGUGAUUGGCCUCAACCUGAACCAAAUGAUUGGAACCGGUGUUUUCUCGACUCCUGCAACGGUUCUCUCCGGAGCUGGCUCAGUGGGCCUUGCUAUGUUUUACUGGGUGAUUGGCUUUUUCAUGGCCGGUAGCAUGCUUGGAGUCUACCUCGAGUUCCUAUCAUACUUUCCAAGUCGGUCUGGCUCCGAAGUGGUGUACCUCGAACAGUCAUACCCACGACCGAAAUACUUCUUUCCUACCGUCUUCGCCAUGCAGACUGUUCUCUUCUCCUUUGCCAGUAGUAACGCUGUUGUGCUGGCCAACUAUCUCUUCAAGCUCGCCAAUGUGGAUUCAACCGCAUGGAUGCAGAAAGGCGUCGCAGUGGCUGCGUACACAGUUGCCGUCCUUUUGCUGGCUUUUAACACGAAAUGGUCGCUUCGGCUGACUGAUGCCAUCGGAUUCGUCAAGACCAUCACACUGAUCUUUAUCGGAAUCACCGGGCUCGUGGUCCUCGGCGGGCACACAUCUGUCAAGGAUCCUACCGUCAACUUUCGGGAUGCCUUCGCUGGAACUUCGGAAGCGUCCGUAUAUGGUGCCACGAAUGCCCUGGUCAAGGUCAUGUUCUCGUACGCUGGCUACAACAACGCAUGCAAUGUGGCGAACGAAGUCAAGAACCCAACCAAAACGCUCAGCUGGAGCGCUCCAGCCUCGCUCUUCUUGGUCGCGGUGCUGUACAUGCUUGCAAACAUUGCGUACUUCUCUGUUGCGACCAAGGAUGAGAUUCUCAACUCCAGCACGGUCGCAGCUGGCCUCUUCUUCGAGAAAGUUUUCGGGUCGUCGGGGGCAUCCCGGGCUCUCAACUUCCUGAUCUGUCUCAGUGCCAUGGGCAACUUGCUAGCUGUGCUCAUCGGACAGUCUCGAGUGCUUCGAGAAUGCGGAAGACAAGGCGUCCUCCCCUUCACGGCAUUCUGGACCUCAACCCGCCCCUUCGGCACCCCCCUGGGACCAUACUUCGUGAAGUGGUUCCUCACCGUCAUCAUGAUCCUGGCUCCCCCAGCGGGCGAUGCUUUCAGCUUCGUUGUGGAUCUGGGCGUGUACCCCAGCAACGCAUUCAACCUCCUCCUCGCCGUCGGGCUGCUUAUCACCCGCCGCCGCCGCCAGCGUCUGAACAUCCCUUCGUCAGGCUACCAAGCAUGGACCGCGACGGUCGGCUUCGCCAUCCUCUCCAGCUUAUACAUGCUCGUGGCCCCGUGGUACCCGCCUUCCACCGGCGCGGACGGCGGCGACGUGAGUUUCUGGUACGCGACAUACUGUGCCGUGGGUCUCGCUAUUGUCGCCCUAUGCGGAGCCUACUACUACAUCUGGAUCAAGGUCCUCCCGCGCCUCGGCCGCUACGAGUUCCGCCAGACCCAGAUCCAGGUCGACGAGGACGCGACGGCCAAUAAGCUGGUCAAGGUGCCCGUGGACCGGCUGGAGGAGUGGGAUCGGGAGCACGAUGCGCUGGGCCGAGUGCGGCAGAGGGCUGCUGCCCGGACGGCGUCGAAUGAGACGGGGGAGAUUGUGUAUGAGACGAAGGCAUGA